AUCUGGAAUGAAACCAGAUCAUCACAUCCUGGUUCAUCAGUCUGGAGUUUAUGUGUCUGUUGUUAACAUAACUAAACAAAAGGUUACAGAUGAAGUGACAUUAACUUGUUCUGUGAAGACAAAUGGACGGUGUGAUUACAAAGUGAAGUGGCUGCAUAACUGUCCUGCUGGAGCUAAAGAUGUGAGACACUGUGAGUCAAAACAGCCUGACUGCUCUGCUGCAGUUUGUUUUAUUGAGCCAUCCUACAUGCAGGGGUGUGAGUUCAAUUGUGAAGUCACACAUGGUGGAACCAGUCAGCUCUUCAACUUCAACAAUCUGUCCCUGAAAAACAAAUCAGUUGAAACAAAAGAUGGAACCUCAUGCAGCCCAACCAGAGAAAUAGAAGGAAGCACAGAACCAGGUCCAACCACAACAGACUCAUCAUCUAAUGGAGGAGUUCCAUACAUUUCUACAGCAGUGGUUGUGGUCAUCAUCUUAAUAGGUGCUGGAGUCGUCAUUGGAUGGAGAACCAAACGAAAUAAACGGCGGGUGCAUUAUAAUGCUGAUCAGAAUGUGAAUCUUCCAGCGUCUCCCACUGGCGGGGAAUCCAGUUAUGCGACGCUUAAUCCUGAAGAUGUCCACUAUGCCACCAUUGGUGAAGCUCAAGUUGCUGGUGAAGAGGACACGGUGACCUACAGCACUGUUGGAGCUCCUUCUAUGUCUGUUGCAGCAUCUUCUCCUGACAACCCCCAUGCUGUCAUCUAUUCCCAAGUCAGAAAGGUUCAAAGAAAACCUUAACAAGUGAUGGUUUGUGUCAAGUUGAUGGCUAUGAAUGAGUAAAGGAAAAAUAUUAUCAUAGUUUUAAUUCAGAUUGCUAAAUUGAGCCUAAAGCAGGCAUCCCCAAAGUCAGUCCUCGAGGGCCGCUGUUUGCAGGGUUUUUUUAAUUGAAAGCUCAUUAACAGGGUUUUGCUCAACUGCAAUCAUCAUAAUCAGCUGUGCUAAAGCAGGGAAACCUCUAAAACCUGCAGGACAGCGGCCCUCAAGGACUGAUUUUGGGCCUGGCCUAAAGCAUCUUAGAUCAGAGUUCUGCACUGGGUCGGGUACCUGCAGGUAUCCAACAGGUACCCGUAUAAAAUGUACAGCUACGGGUAUAAAACAAACCCUGUGUGAUUUCACGGGUAUCAUAAGUUACAGCAUGAAUAAAAUUUACUAUUUAUAUUUUAUAGUGGGGAAGUGUUGGCCUAGUGGGUUAGAGAAGUGCGCUUGAGCUGUGAGAAGGUUGCAAGUAGCGGGUUUGAUCCCCUCAUUCUCCACUCUGGCUCCCUGAGCAAGACCCUUAACCCCACACUGCUCCCUGGGCGCCACACAAUGGCAGCCCACUGCUCCCCAAGGAGAUGGGUCAAAUUGCAGAGAGUGAAUUUCCCCAUUGUGGGAGA